AUGGGUCAUCGUCACCGUGCAAUUUUGAAGCAGCAGAACAAGGCGUUCAAGGGGUCAUCUUCUAAGCCUAAGAGCCUCAAAGAAAAGCGAAAGGCUGCAGCAGCAAAUGCUUCUGCACUUUCAAUUAAUAGACCUACUACGAAACUUGACCGUGUGCAGCGGUCUAAGCAACGCCGCCUUCAGCUGCGCCGCGACCAACAACAGCAACAGUUGUCGAACCCCUGUGGCCCACCGCCGAAGGUAGUUCUCCUUCUCCCAUUUUCCGAUUCUGUAUGCGUUGAGAGCGUCUUUAAUGAGUUAAGACGGGAACUCAUAGGUGAUGAUGGAGCAGUGGUUGAUGGUGGGGUGUUAUGUGGAGACAUGGACGAAGACGGGACCGCCAUGAGAACAGACGAUGUGAAGACUUGCUCCUCUCAGAGCCGUCCGCACCACAGCCGCUACUUAUUCACCCUGCCUGCAUAUGCACGAAACCCAGCAAUACCGAAGAGGCACCACCAGAAGGUCUUGCUAGUUCCUGCACCUCGCAUAUCCGAAGAGGAAACAGGGGACCAAAUGCAACAGGAAGGGGUACAAAUCCAACGGCGCAGUGAACUUCUGCGGUAUAUGGAUCUGUGUAGCUGCUGUGACGUAUUAGUAUGUCUCUUUGGCGGCAACUGCACUUACGAAAAAAGUGCCUUCAGUAGCCGCGGGUACAAAGUAUUGCAGGCCCUCAAGCUGCAGGGCCUUCCGCCGUCGGUGAUUGGUAUUGGCUGCAUAGAUCCUUCUUUGCUAGAUCCGGCAGGACUGCCUCAAGAAAAAUAUUCCGCAAGUGAAAGCCUGAAGUUCAUGCGUCGCUUCUUUGAAUCUGAGCUAGGGGCCGAAAGAAAAUUUUUUGGCAUCGCGAACUCCGCAGACUGGCGCAACGCGUUACGGGCACUGGGGGCGGCAGCUCCAUUGAUUCAAGCCGAUCCAAAUGCGAAGGUUUUAGCAAAAGGAGCAGAAGCGGCUGCUUGUAGACGUCGGGGUCAUCUACUCGCUCUCAGCUGGCGUAUAGCGUGGCACUCCCUCUCGGAAGACCCUGCGGCGCAGCUUGAGCCCUGCCUCGAAGCUUGGGGACUGAUCCGGGGAGCCGGCCUAACAUGCAGGCUACCUGUGCACAUUACAGGAGUGGGUGACUUCGUGCUAGCUAGGAUUGAGCCAUUGGGGCCAACGGAAAAGAGGCGGGAAUUUGCUGCAUCAAGCGCCCAUGCAACAACUGAAGUGGAAGCCCUUGGGGCAGAAAUGCAAGUUCUGAAGUCCGCGUGCCUGUCUCACCGCUCCACAGAAGUAAUCCAAGCAUCCCAACCAUUACAGCCUCUAGACGCUGCUGCCUUGGAGCAAACAUGGCCAACAGAAGAUGAGAUUCCCGGCAAUGGUAAUACGGCACCAGCCGUUCACAGGAGAUGUGUCCGCGUCCCCAAGGAUGUAGGGGAGUACGAGCGAGCGUGGCUCGAAUCAGAUACAGAUGGUGCAGAUGACGACGGCGAGGAGGAGGUGAAUAUGGACAGCGAUGCGGACAUGCAACCUGGGGAGGUUGUUUCUGCGGAUAAUGAGCAAGCAUCGAGCGCAAAUGAUGAAGCUGAUGAAGAUUGGAAGCCCUUGAUUAGUUCAGAACAGCAUGAUAUGAAAACAGACAAUGAGGCAUAUGCCGCCCGUCGUCGGGAAGCGGCAGAGAUGGAGAAGGAAUUCCCGGAUCAAGUCGACACUCCAUUGGAUAUUCCGGCGAAGGAGCGCUUCCAGAAGUACCGCGGCCUCAAGAGCUUUCGGUCGUCUCCUUGGGCCCAGAAUGAAGACCUUCCACUUGGUUACGGUCGCAUCAUCGAUGUGUCGAGCAUGAAGAAGGUGGUGCAGAAGCACCCCUCUCUGAGUGGCAAGGAAUUUGGUGAAGCUUUGGUUGAGGCGAUGGCUCAACGGGUGGCCAGUCGGUUUGCGGUUCAAGCUCAGAGUCCUGCACCUGCUCCUACAGCAAGUGCAGAUGACGAUUUGAUGGUUCCAGAUUUCCUUGUAGUGUCUCAACUGCUGCAGCACGAGACCCAGGUGGCGGUGGUCCACUCCCAAGUAACGUUUUGUGAUGAUGCGCCCGUGAAGGGCAAGGAUCCAUUGUUGAUGUCAUGCGGAUUCCGAAGAUUCCCGGCUUCUCCAAUUUAUUCGGAAGAACCGAGGCAGGGCAUGCAUAGCACGUCGAAGUGGAAACUUAAGCGCUGGGCAGAACCGGGCACAACUCUCACCGCAACCGUGUACUCACCUCUUGUACUUCCCCCGUCACCCUGCAUUUUGCUGCGAUAUGACCAAUCAGGUAAUGCCUCAGAUGGAGGGCAGCUUUAUGUUGAUGCGACGAGGGAAUGCAUGCCGCUGGCGUUUCCACCAGAGUAG